CCUGCCAAACCUCGUCAGCAACAACCAUCACCAACCCCUAAACGCGCCACCGCCACCGACCGCGAUGCGCGCGAAGCUGGCAUCCCCGUCGGCUACAACUUCAAAAACUGGGAUCCGAACGAAGAGCCCAUCUUACUUCUCGGCAGCGUGUUCGACACCAACAGUCUCAGGAAAUGGAUCUACGACUGGACGGUCGCUUUUCACGGACCUUCGACCGCGUUUGCAGAAAUGGCAGGCGACCUCUGGCUCUUCCUUAUCCAACUGGCCGGCAAGAUCAAACGCGCCGAGGAAUCACUGCCGCGGAUCCGCCGUCGCGAUGACCGCGAACUGCUCGACGAUUUCUUGGACAGUGGAGAACGGCUGUGGGAAAGGUUCAACACACUGCUAAAAGUGUGUGAGAAACACAUGCUCAAGACUGCGAAGCGCGAGCGCGGGAGUAAGAAGCUGUACAUGGGCAACAACUCUGGCAGAGAGUUUGUCGAGACGAUAUUUAGACGGGACAGAGAGUUGGAGAGGACGGAGAAACUGACGACGGGGAUACGGCUAUGGAGUAUGCGGUUCGAUGCCAACUGUGAGGAUGUGUUAAGAGCUUGUCGUUGA